AUGAUCCGCCUGCCGCAGUGCACUCGCAAGAAGCGGCGCCGCAACCCAGCCAAGCACCACGGCGCUAAUUGCCACCUCCGCCGAAAUACCCAUAACACCCUUGAGAACCCAGAAAUACCCAUAACACCCUUGAGAACCCCAGAAACAUCCACAACACCCUUGAGAACCUCAAACACCCACAACACCCUAGAAAACUCCAAUAACACCCACAACACCCCUGAGAACCCCAGAAACACCCACAACACCCUAGAAAACUCCAAUAACACCCACAACACCCUUGAGAACCCCAGAAGCACCCACAACACCCCUGAGAACCCCAGAAACACCCACAACACCCUAGAAAACUCCAAUAACACCCACAACACCCUUGAGAACCCCAGUAAUACCCACAACACCCUUGAGAACCCCAGUAGCACCUACAAACUUCAGAUAACGCUUUGA